AUGAGAAGAAUUCUGGUGGGACUGGACAUACCUGAGGAAAGAAGGGUAGGUCUGGCAACAUAUAUGCUUAUGGACAAAGCUGAUUUCUGGUGGGAAUCAAUGAAAAGGGUGUAUGACACUGAGGUUAUGACCUGGGAGGAAUUUGAGAGAAUCUUCCUAGGCAAGUAUUUUGGGGAAGUGGCUAAGCAUGCCAAGAGGAUGGAGUUUGAGCACCUCAUCCAAGGAACCAUGUCAGUGCUGGAGUAUGAGUCACGUUUCUCAGAGUUGUCUCGUUUUGCUUUGGGGAUGAUCAGUGAGGAAGGAGAAAAAGCUAGGAGGUUCCAGCAGGGGUUGAGACCUGCUAUUAGGAACAGAUUAGUCCCACUGGCAAUAAGGGAUUAUUCUGAGUUGGUUAAGAGGGCUUUGUUGGUGGAGCAAGACAUGGACGAAACCAACCAAAUUCGAGAGCAAAAAGGGGACAGAAAAGGGAAACAAAGAAUGAGGGAAAGUUCUCAGGGGCCACAGCAGAAGCAGAGGACUCAGCAGUUUGAGAGGCGUCCCUCGUUCUAUGCAGGAGGGGGGCAGAUUGCUCAGGGGGUGGCUGCUAAUAGAGUAUGUUAUGGUUGUGGAUCAGGAGACCAUUUAUGGAGGGCUUGCCCAUUGCGAGGCACACAGCAGGCACGACCUCAGUCUCAGGGAAGUUCUCAGCAACAGUCAGUAGUGUCUUUCCAGCCUCCUCAACUUCAGUUGCCUUACUAUCAGAUGCCACAAUUGCCCCCAGCAGCGCAGGGAACUAGGGCAACUACCACGAGUCAGACCCGCUCUUCUCAGGGGUCGAAUGCUAGAGGUAGGGGAAGGCCCGCAGCAGGAAGAGUUUUUGCCUUGACCCCAACAGAGCCAGAUGAGGAUGCCCUUUUGGUGGAAGGUAUGAUUUUGGUAUAUAGUACUUGGGUGCGUGUUUUGUUUGAUACUGGUGCAACUCAUUCUUUCAUUUCUGCAUCUUGUGCUAAUGCAUUGGGGUUGAAAUCGGAAAGGGUAGAGAAUUUGUUACUUAUUGAGUCUCCUAUGGGUACGAACUCUAGAGUUGAUAGAAUAUGCAAGGGGUGUGUUAUUACCUUGGCAGAUAGAGCACUAAAUGUGGAUUUGAGGAUUUUGGAUAUGACUGGGUAUGAUGUUAUUUUGGGAAUGGAUUGGUUGGCAGUGUAUAGAGCGGUUAUUGAUUGUCAUCGCCGCAGGAUAAUAUUUUGUUUGCCAGAGGGAUUUGAGGUUUGUUUUGUUGGAGGGAAGUGUGUUAGUUUGCCUUUUUCGCAGUCCGAUCCGUGCUAUCAGUAUGUGUUGAGGAAGGGAUCAAUAAAUUUCCUAGCUUGCCUUCGUGGUAAGGAGAAAGCCUAG